UUUUAGAAGGCCGAAAUAUGGCUCUUUAUGGAAGGGUGAUGAAGUUGAAACAUCUGAGCCGAUUCUUCACUUCAAAGCAAUUUCUAUCAACACCCAAGAAUUACAUAACGAAAGAGCGAUUGAUGUCUGAGCAGCAGUUUACCAAAAUAAGUUCUAAUAAUGACGACUUAAAGCUUCUUGAUGAUCAUCUCGUGAUGUCAUACCAAAACACUGUGUCAUCCUUAGAUUCCGUGGCAAUGAAAUUUCACUAUUUUUGGCUAAGAGAUCAUUGCAGGUGUGCAGCCUGUUACAACCAUUCUACGCACCAAAGGAACUUGGAUUUAUUUAGCAUUCCAUUUUCUAUCCAACCCAAAGACUGUAAGAUUGUGGGCGAUGAUCUUGAAGUAGAGUGGAGAGAUGGACACACAUCGAAAUAUUCCAUUCCAUGGUUGAGUAUGCAAACGUUUGAUUCAUACAGUAAUAGAGUCUCAGCCCCAACUAGAAUCCUUUGGAAGGGAUUUCCCGAGUCUGUAGCUCAUGUUCCAAUGAAAUCCUUCCUUGAAACUGACGAAGGCUUGACCCAGCUUAUGAAAUCCCUUACUUCUCUAGGGGUUGGUCUUGUGGAAGGUGUUGAUCCAACUGUUGAAGCUACAGAAAAAGUGAUUUCUCGGGUAGCACCACCACAGAAGACAUUAUUUGGCGAUUUGUGGGAAAUGAAGCCAAGUGAAUACCAUGAAGACACUGCAUAUGGCUCUCAGGCAUUGAAAGCACAUACCGAUAACACAUAUUUCUCAGAGGCAGCUGGCUUGCAAGUAUUCCACGUACUUGACCACAAGGGCGAAGGUGGUAAAACACUAUUAGUUGAUGGAUUCCGUGCUGCUCAAACUGUUAAAGACGAAGAUAUAAAUAGCUUUCAAGUCUUGACAGAAACUUGUAUCCAAGGAGAGUAUUUGGAGAAAGGACAGCACCACUGUCUAACAUCCCCUGUUCUCAGUCUGCACCCUAUAACAGGAAAAUUCCGUCAAAUCAGGUACAAUCUGUAUGACCGCUCUCCGAUGAACACCGUUCCCUUUUCCAAAGUCAUGGAGUGGUACCAGGCGAUGGGGCUGCUCUCGAAGGCCGUGUGCGAUCCCAGCGGCGAGUGGUGGCUCCAGCUCCGGCCGGACCAGGUCCUCUUCGUGGACAACUGGCGCGUCCUGCACGGCCGCAGCGCCUUCACUGGAGUCAGGUGGGUGGCUGGAGCGUACAUCUCCCGCACCGACUUCCUGAGCCGUGCCAGGGUGGCCGAGGCCCUCCCUCUGGACGACUGACUCCUCUCCUAAUCACAUGUUAUUUUUAUUGUUUUAAAAAAGUGACGUAAAUUGUUAAGCUUUGCACAGAUUUUUGUCUUAUUGAAUAAUAAGCCAGUUGUAAUUUUGUAUCGGGUUAAGAAAUGAAUAUUCUUUCUGUGAAUACUUUUGAGUGCCAUAUGUUAUAAAUUACGUAACAAUUUUUA